AUGAAGUGGAUGUUCAAGGAGGACCACUCGUUGGAACACAGAUGUGCGGAAUCCGCCAAAAUCCGCGCGAAAUAUCCCAACCGGGUUCCAGUGAUUGUGGAAAAAGUCUCGGGCUCUCAGAUUGUUGACAUUGACAAACGGAAGUACUUGGUCCCGUCCGACAUCACCGUGGCUCAGUUCAUGUGGAUCAUCAGGGAAAGGAUCCAGCUUCCUUCAGAAAAGGCCAUCUUCCUCUUUGUGGAUAAGACAGUCCCACAGUCCAGCCUAACCAUGGGACAUUUGGUGAAAAGAAAAUCUAGCAAUUGA